UACUGCAACGUUUAAAAUCAGAUCGGAACAGUUGAUCUGUAUCCAUACCUGUAAGGGUCCCAUAGAUUUCUAAGGUUCGGAGUUGAUUUUAGCGUUUAAAUUAGGUUCGUAGAGCCGUCGUAGUUUCCAGCCUCUUAAUACCUUUCUAGAGUGCAAUUUUGCAUUUUUGGCUCCUCUCCUCCUGCUUCCGCUUCCAUUCGUUCCUCAUCAUCUCCUCAAAAAUUUUCUUGCUCAUUCUUUUUCCUUCUUCAUCACCCCCUUCUUCGGUAUAGUUAGGGUUUACUUUUUUUCAGAAGAGAGAAAGAGAGCGAAGAAAUUAGGGUUGUUUAUGCUCUCCCUCACCAAUGGCUAGGAAAGAGUUUUUCGUUCUUGAUACUGAGAAUUGCGGGAUUGGAGGGAAGAUGAAUGGAGAUAAAGUCUUAAAGCAACAGUCUUUGGGGGGUUUGGGUGGUAAAAGGCUCUCUGAUAUAACUAAUUCAUUAAGUUCACCCCACCAAGAUGAGAAGCAGAAACUUGUUGGUUCAUGCUCAGAGAGGGAUUACAUUGAACAGCUGCUUAAGGAAAAUGUGGCGCUUCGGAAGGUUAUUGCAGAAAGAAAUAAAUAUAGUGCGAUGGCUGGAAUCGAGAUAAAAAAAAUGCGAGAAACUAUGCAGAAACUGCAGCAGCAGAACUGGCAUCUUGCUCAAGCAAACAGUAAGAUGUUAAUGGAAGUGAACAUAGGCAAAGAUAGACUUAAAGCAAUGCAGCACGAGCUUGGAUGUAGGAAUGCUAUUGUGAAAAGUUUGCAACUUCAGGAGAGGACGGAGAAUGAACCAUGUCAAAAGGCCCAUACUGAGGAAGUCAAUAAGAAGACUGUGGGGGUAAAGGGAAGGCGGCAAUCAAAAAUUCAUUCUGUGGAGCCUUCUUCGGCUAUGGACGAAGUAACUACCGAGUGUAAGGUUGAGGUUAAGGGACCUUCAAAUUCCAAUAGGAGGCGCCAAUCAAGAGUUCAUUCUGUAGAGUCUCCUGCAGUGAUGGACGAAGUAGUAAUGGAGGAUAAGACCGAGCUUAAAGGACCUUCAAAUUCCAACAGGAGGCGACAAUCGAGAAAUCACCCUGUAGAGUCUUCUGCUGUGACGAAAGAAGCAGUAAUGGAGGAUAAGGCUGACGAUAAAAGGCAUUCUGCUGUUUCUGAACCCGAACAAACAGAAGCUAAUGAAGAAAAGGCGGACAAUAAAAGACGUUGUUUGAGAAGGAAAUCUUCUGCCUUUAAGCCCGAGGUACCUGAAGAACCUACUGAUGAAAAGGCUGAAGGCAAAAGGGUUCAGCAGCGAAGGCAAUCUACUAGACUUCAACCUCAACAGCCAGAGCCUGCUGAAGAUUUAUUCGAAAUAGAGGAUGCGAAAUUUCCAGUUUGCUUACUGCUUGAUGAACAAAUGAAGGAAAGUGGUGCAACUUCGUCAGACUCCACAACUGUAAAAGAGGCGAAAAAGGUAUCAAGUGCCUUCAUGGUUGAAACUCCUGAACCACGAAGAGCAUCAAUUGGACGACCAAUGCGAAGUGCAGCUGUUAAAGUUCAGUCUUACAAGGAAAUUCCUCUUAACAUCAAAAUGCGAAGAGCUUAGUGAUGAAUUUGCAAUGAAGUGGGUGAUGGUGGAAAAAAUGGAAAGUGUACCCCAUCUACCCUUUCUAACCAACUAACUGUAAUGCUGUAGCCUGUAGCAUUUUCUCUUGUAGAAAUCGCAUAUGUGAAUUCACUUGAUAGUCUAAUCCCGUUCCAUCAUUACCCGAGGGUGCCGAUGAAGAAGUUAGAGUUUGUCUUGUCAUGAUAAAGAUUUUUGCGCACAUUUCAAUAUUUCAUGGUUACUUGAUGCUGGAUC